GCAGAGUGCUCCAGCACCAUCACCAUUUGGAGUGGGGGGUCUUCGAGCAGCUUCACUGCUUGAACGAGAUCGCCACUGCCAUUAGCCACCCUGAUUGGCAGACGUUACUGAGGAUCGAUGAGCCACCUACACAGAGCUGGUGUGGGAGUUCUACACCACCUUCAGGUACCACUCCAAAGCGGCCCGGGACGCCCACACCGGUGUCACCUUCAGGCUGGGUGGGCACCCGCGGCAGUUGAGCAUUGAUGGGUUGACCUUCGCCCUGUGGAUCCAGUACCACCCCUACUCCCAGCAUGAGGUAGAGAUCCCCCAUCCGAAGGACUGGAACUAGGACGAGUUUGACUGCCGGAUAGCUUGACGCGCCUACGGGAUGGACUACUUCGACGCCGGCCUGACCCACGUCUCCACCCUCAAGCCACAGUGGCACAUCCUGAACCUGCUCAUUACCCGCUCGAUAUUUACCAACGCUACUGGUUCCCACAAGAUCCUGAAGCGGGUGCUAUACGCCAUGUAUUCGAUGGGGGACCCGGAUCAUAUGUUCCAUUUGGGUUCCUUCGUGGCCACCACCUUCUCUCCGUGCCACGGGAAAUCCAACCACCUCUUUUGUGGUCCCCUGAUCACCAGACUGGCGCGCCACUUCGAGAUCGACUUUGAGGGACUCACGGAUGCCACAGCACGGGGCGGGUCCACCCCCCUCAGAUGGGAGGUGCUUCACAACGCGCUUCUACUGGCCUCUGAUGGAGCACGUUCCUGGGUGGAUGGGCUGUCUCUGCCUCCUGAGGAGGAUGCAGAUCUUGAUGAGGAUGAGGAGGACGAGGACUACACCGACGAGGAUGAGGCCGAGGAUGGUGAUGGUGAUGGCGGGGCCAUGGAUGCUGAUGAGCCGGAGCCCCCACUCUCCCUCCAAGGGGAUCUUCAGCCACGAAGGAGAUCCGAGCGAGCCUAGUCUUCCUCCGGUCCUUCUGGUCCGUCGAUGGCUGUUGGUCCGUCGAUGGACUUCUUCACGGAGCUGUUCCACCAGAUGGGGAUUAAGUUUCAGCAGCUCGGGCUCGAGAACCAGCAGCUCAUGGACCAUCAGGUCCAGUUUUACCAGCAGUAUUUGUCCCGCCAGGCCGAGUACCAAUCACGGAUGACGGUUCUGGACGAGCGCCUCGACCGGAUGGAGGCUCAGCUGGGAGUCACCAGUGCUCGGAUCAAGCGGGAGCGGGAUCGUGGCCGCCGGAUGGAGUACCAAGAGCACUUGCUCCAGUCCUGCCACCCGCCACAGGAGCACCACUAGACCACCCAGUGGGACCACUCACCACCCCCGCCACCACCGACAGAUGGGGUUGACGACCUCAUGGACCAGAUCGACUUCAGCGGGCUCGAGUAGGCUGUACUCUUUGCCCGUUUUGUGUUGUUUCUAUUUUGGUUAGGAGUGCAAACUAUCUUUUGUUUUGGUUUAUUUUCUUUUCCUUUGGAUGAUGUACUAUUAGGCUGACAACUGGACCUAACAUAUUGUGGCUGAGUUCCUGUGUUCCCUUUAGCUAUGCCUUUGCACCGACUAGAUCCAUUUCCAGUCCGUUCACUCCGACUGGUCCACCUUCCAAUAAAAUUGUUCCCUUCUCCUUCCCUCUUCUCCAUUGAGGGCAAUGUCGAACUUAAGUGUGUGUGUGUGUGGGGGGGGGGGGGGGGGGGGGGGGGGGGGGGUGUUUCUAUUUUGUCUGCUUAGUGUGCUUGGAGCCUAGUCCACUGUCCAAAUUUCGAUUUGAGGGCUCCAAGUACGUGUUCCUUGCAAUUUGCCUGCUCAGUAUGCUUUGAAUUGACAGUCUCUAUAGUAAUGUGCAACCUAGGGAGGUAGUGUAGCACUAUGGAGGAUGUUGAAGCAUAAGAUUUUUCCUAUCUAGCUCUCUGCUGUGCCGGUUGAUUUUGUGAAUUAAUGGAGUUAAGACCG